GCCAGCAGGGAAACAACGUUACCAAAGCACAGCAUGCGGUCGGAGAGGGGCCUCUAUUUAUCAUCAGAUUGCUCAUCCAAGUCAGAUACUUAUUGGAAGAUAAGAAAUUUUUUCAAAAUAUUUUGAAGUCAAAAUCAUAUCAAGAUUCUGUUAAAGCUAUUGUGAUUGAUGAAGCACAUCUAGG